AUGUUCCGGUUGCACCUCUUGUGGCAUGUCGACGUCAAUGUAUGUGUGCGACUUGUUGUCCUGCGUCGUUAUGGAUCCAGCGGUUCCUUGUCAAAGAGGUCCAGCCAGCGCUAUUUCAAGGUGUUGAACGUUGAUUACGGGCUGGAGUUUGUAUGUCACGCGGUCCUACCGACGGCCCAAGGACUGAACGCCCUCGCAUGGUGGUCGGCUUUGAUGCCGCAGUUGGCUCCUUGCCGAGUGCUUCAAUAG